CUUCUUUAUACAGAUAGGAAUUUUGUGAUUUCUGCUCCAACCGGCUCUGGAAAAACUGUAAUGUUCGAGCUAGCUAUUACAAGAUUACUCAUGGAAGCCCCACUGCCUUGGUUAAAUAUUAAAGUUGUUUACAUGGCUCCAAUAAAAGCUCUGUGCAGUCAGCGUUUUGAUGAUUGGAAAGAAAAAUUUGGACCUAUAGGACUCAGCUGCAAAGAACUGACAGGAGAUACAGUGAUGGAUGAUUUAUUUGAAAUACAUCAUGCUCACAUUAUUAUCACUACACCUGAAAAAUGGGAUAGCAUGACUAGAAGGUGGAGAGACAACUCUAUGGUCCAGCUUGUACGACUGUUUCUUAUUGAUGAGGUGCAUGUUAUAAAGGACGAAAGCCGUGGGGCAACAUUAGAAGUUGUAGUCAGUCGGAUGAAGACUGUUCAGUCUUCUCUUUGGCGUCUUUCAGAGAAUCAUGACAUUGUUCCUCCCUUGAGAUUUGUAGCUGUUUCUGCAACAAUCCCAAAUGCUGAAGAUAUUGCAGAAUGGCUUUCAGAUAGUAGGAUGUCUGCUGUAUGUCUGAAAAUAGAUGAGGAUCAACGGCCGGUGAAGCUACGCAAAAUUGUUCUUGGUUUUCCUUGCAGCGACAAUCUGACAGAAUUCAAAUUUGACUUAACUCUUAACUACAAGAUAGCCGGUAUUAUACAAACAUACUCGGAACAAAAGCCAGCACUUGUGUUUUGUGCCACAAGAAAAGGAGUACAGCAGGCUGCUUCUGUUCUUGCAAAAGAUGCUAAAUUUCUACUGAGUGUAGAACAGAAACAAAGAUUACAGAGGUCGGCAAAUUCAUUGAAAGAUUCCAAACUGAGAGAUCUUUUGAUGUACGGUGUGGCUUAUCAUCAUGCGGGUAUGGAGGUAUCUGACAGAAGAAUAAUUGAAGGAGCUUUUACUGUAGGAGACUUACCAGUACUUUUUACUACUAGCACCUUGGCUAUGGGAGUCAAUCUACCUGCACAUCUGGUGGUUAUAAAAUCCACAAUGCACUAUGUUGGAGGAGUGUUCCAAGAGUACAGUGAAACUGAUAUUCUGCAAAUGAUUGGGAGAGCAGGAAGGCCUCAAUUUGACACUACAGCGACAGCAGUUAUUAUGACUCGGUGGAGUACAAGGGAGAGGUAUAUACAGAUGUUAAAUGGUUCUGAUAUAAUAGAGAGCAGUUUGCACAGGCACCUUGUCGAGCACUUAAAUGCAGAAAUUGUGCUACAUACUGUCACAGAUGUCACUGUAGCUUUGGAAUGGAUACGAUCAACUUUCUUGUACAUUAGAGCCUUAAAAAAUCCAACUCACUAUGGUUUUUCAUCUGGAUUGGAUAAAAUCGGAAUUGAAGCAAAAUUACAAGAACUGUGUUUGAAGAACUUAAACGACUUAUCAUCUUUUGAUUUGAUCAGGAUGGAUGAAGCAAAUAAUUUCAAACCAACAGAGACUGGAAGAUUAAUGGCGUGGUAUUAUAUUGCAUUUGAUACAGUGAAACAAUUUUUCACAAUUAAGGGAACAGAGACUUUAAAAGAAUUGAUUACAAUGAUCUCCAACUGCACAGAAUUUCUGGAUGUCAAGUUAAGAACAAAUGAAAAGAAAAUGCUGAACACUUUGAAUAAAGACAAGACCAAAAUAACUAUCAGGUUUCCAAUGGAGGGGAAGAUAAAAACAAGAGAAAUGAAAAUAAACUGUCUUAUUCAGGCUCAGCUAGGAUGCAUUCCUGUUCAAGACUUUACUUUGACACAAGAUACUGGCAGAAUAUUUAGAAAUGGCUUAAGAGUUACUAGAUGGUUAUCUGACUUUCUGGCAUCGUGUAAGAACAACUUUUCUGCUUUAUUAAACUCCCUGAUUUUAGCAAAAUGUUUCAGGUGCAAACUUUGGGAAAAUUCACUUCAUGUGUCCAAACAAUUGGAAAAAAUAGGUGUAUCGCUGUCAAACGCUAUGGUAAAUGCUGGGCUGACAUCGUUUAAAAAAAUAGAAGACAUAAAUGCAAGGGAACUUGAAUUGAUUUUAAACAGACAUCCUCCUUUUGGAAACCAGAUAAAAGAAUCUGUUUUGCACCUUCCAAAAUAUGAGCUUGACAUUGAACAGCUUCCAAAAUACAGCGAGACUUUGGCUGAAAUCUUAGUAACCAUCAAAUUAACAAAUUAUGAGCAGCUACAGACAAAGAGAACAGCAACAGACUUUCACUAUGUUACAUUGGUCAUAGGAGAUGCUGACAACCAAGUCAUUUUUAAUCAGAAAAUUACGGAUUCUCUGCUGCUGAAAACUGGAAAUUGGACCAAGAAAAUUGAAGUGAGAAGAGCUCUUAAAUCAGAGGACAUUAGUGUAAAUGUAAUUAGUUCUGAUUAUGUUGGCCUGGACAUACAGCAAGCGUAUACAGCCUUUUACUUAUCACCAAACACAGGGGGAAGUAAAGCGCUUGCAAAUCACACACCGAAAGCUGAGUCUUCACUUGAUCCGUGUUAUGGCUCACCACAAAGGCUGCCAGCGGCAACAGUAGAUAAAGGAGGCAGAUCUAAACAAGAGAUUACGUGCAAGAAAUAUGGGAACAGAGAGUGCAACCAUCGCUGUAAAAAGAAAGAUGUGUGUGGACACGACUGCUGUAAAACUGGAGUACCUUCAAAGACUGAAAUGACUGGAGAUUCAAAGUUUUCUUUGUACCUAGCUGAUUUGAGGAGCAGGAACUCAAUUUCGUCUGUACCCCCAGUGAAACGGUUAAAGAUGCAGAUGUUAAAUGAAGCUCAAAACGUGGAUCUCAAACAGUUUGUUUUUACACCUAAGUCUUUGUUGCCAGCAUUGCCAAGGUCUAGCAAUAAACCGUCAUCUUCAUCACCUUCAUCACCUUCAGUGGACGAGGUAGAUGACGUGAAUAGCAUAGAAGUAUCUCAGAAACAACUGCAAUCCUGGAAUUACGGAAAGAGCAAUGCUUUGGAUGUGGACUUUGAACUGAGAAGUGACUUUUGGGAUGAUAUUGAUGAUGAGAAAUUAGUAUUUGCUAGCAACUUUGCCAGUAGAGAAUUGGAACAUGGAAAUACCUGCCUUCAAAUUCCAGAUCAGCAUGAACCACUUUGCCAGUAUGCGAGAAGCAAAGCCACAAAUGACAUGUCAAAAGAUUCAUGCACGUUACAAGAUCGGACCAAUAUUCAGAACUCAGUUGUUUCUGUGGUUAAUAGCACAUCAAAAGUGAAUUUAUCUGUACAGAGUGGAAAUACAAAUAUGUUCAGGUUUCAAGAAGAAAAGUACUCAAAUCCUUCAGAAGAGCUGAAAAACGUACAGCGUUCUUCCGUCUCGAAAAUAAUCUCGGACUCUUCCAAAUUCACUAGGAAAGAGGAUUUCUUUAUUUCCACAAAAGAGCAGGAGAAAGAAGUGGAUCACAGGUAUCUUCUUGAUGAUGAACUCGAUGACGUCAAGGCCUUUCUUGGAAUAUUUGAUGGCAUUUUAUAA